AAAUAAAUGUUCCAACCCCUUGAUGCUUGUCAUAUUUUCCCUAAAUGCAAAUUAAAAAAAUAAAUACGCAAAUGAGAAUGAAAAAUUCAAAUGUGGGAAAUGCAUGAUGUUUAGUGCAGUUUUAUUCCAUCAAUGUUUCAGUUUAAGAUUUCGCGCCCUGCUGCAAUAACACUACGUCAGAAUAGGAUUAAGUGCUGUGGGUUGGCCCUGUAAUAUCCACGGAUUUCCUCCAGCUCUCAUUCAGUACGAUCAGCUGCAGUUGUUGCUCUGUCGGCGAGGAGGACGGACCCAUCAGGCAGGUGUCAUCCCCCCGCUGGAGUCACAAACACCGGCUCAGGAGGAAACAUUUCCCGCUGAUGAAUGUGAGCGCAGAUGGAGAAAACAACCUUCCGCGGAAAGGAUUUUGCCGGAAUGCACGUUUCGUUUUCUGCAGACUGAGGCAUAAAAAUCGGAGAGAGGACUCCAUGGAUGCGAGGAUGCAGUGAUGCUGUGGCUGCAGCUGUAAACGAGGCGACUAGAAGCAAGAAGUUCUGCUGAAUACCGAGCCCAGAUGAGGCAGAUGUUCGUCUGCUGAGCACAGAUCCAGAGGACAGAGCAGAACAGUCCAGAGGACAUGGUCCCCGGGGCCCCCAGCACCACGACCACCACCACCACCACCAUGCUCCCCGCCUCGGAGGCUGCGAAGAUCUACCAGACCAACUACGUGCGCAACUCCCGCGCCAUCGGCGUCUUGUGGGCCAUCUUCACCAUCCUCUUCGCCAUAGUCAACGUGGUGUGCUUCAUCCAGCCCUACUGGAUCGGAGACGGCGCGGACACCCCGCAGGUGGGCUACUUCGGUCUGUACCACUACUGCAUCGGGAACGGGAUUUCCCGGGACCUGGUCUGUCAGGGCAGCUUCACGGAGUUCAACAGCAUCCCCUCCGGCGCCUUCAAGGCUGCCUCCGUCUUCAUCGGCAUGUCCAUGGUUCUGGUGCUCACCUGCAUCGGCUGCUUCGCGCUCUUCUUUUUCUGCAGCACCGGAACCGUGUACAAGAUCUGCGGCUGGAUGCAGCUGGCUGCAGGUACAAGCCUGAUUCUGGGCUGCAUGAUCUACCCAGACGGCUGGGACAGCGACGAGGUGAAGCGGAUGUGCGGCGAACAGACCGACAAGUACACGCUGGGUGCCUGCUCAGUGCGCUGGGCCUACAUCCUGGCUAUCAUGGGCAUCAUGGAUGCUCUGAUCCUCUCCUUCCUGGCUUUCGUCCUGGGCAACCGGCAGGAUAAUCUGAUGUCUGAGGAGCUGCUGGGAGAAAAGAGUGGAAAUAAUGCCAUAUAACCUCUGGAAAUGGUGAAGGAUUUACGCACAUGGGUCCUACAGUCGGGAUGUGGCAUUACUGCAGGGUCCAGCUUCAACCUCCUGGUCCUACCAGUGGCUGGGAAACAGAGCUGAAGAGUUGGGAACCAUCAGGCUAAAAAAGCAGCAGCAUAAGAGGAAGACCAGAUGUCCUGAAAGCAGCCAUAAAACCAAGAACAAUGAUGCCCCUUGUGAACCUUGAGAGAUCCCUCUGUAAAAUAUUUUUUAUAUUUGUCUGAAACUGACCAUUUUUACAGGAAGAGAGUUUGCCAUGUUUUCAUCUUACCUGAGCUGUUUUGUUCAGAAAUGUGAAAAAGGCUGCUUUCAUUUGGGAUUAUCUUAAAAAAAAAAAAAAAACACAGAGGGCCAGACACUGAAACCAUCUAAAAUUACAUCAAACAGAAUAGACUGUGAUGGACACAAUAAAAACUGAACAGCCUUGAGGUUUAAGAGGUUAAAUCUCAGUGCUUUUUAAUCAAACUCCACCCUGUUUAAGAGGACUGCUGUCUCCAAAGACCUGGGAACUGAACAAAUCAAUCAAAGAACCGUGUGGUCCUAUUUAUGAUGAAAUAUUUGGUGUAAUAAAACACAAAUUGUAGUUAUCAUAGCUGUCUUUGCCAGUAAAGUGUGUGAACAAAAAACAAAAGUGCGUCGAUUAAGAGAACAUAAAUUCUAAGUAUUUUAUGUGUAAACUACAUGUUGGUUACGUCCCUGUCCUUAUGUCAUGCCAUUGGUUGAUUAUUAGUACGUGCCAUUAUUAAGUAUCUUGUCUGACAAUAAUGUAAAACUUGAGAAGAAGAACAAAGAAAACUGAAUAACUUUGA